GCGAAUCGAUUUGGGUCAAAAAGGGGAACUUGAUAUAGGGUUAGGGUUUUUACCCAAUUCGAUUGCGGACAUUUACAUAGAGCAGCUGCCGGCAAGGGUUGAGAAAUCCGAGAAUGGCCGCCGGCAAGGAGUUCAUGGUUUACAACUCGCUGACCCGCCAGAAGGAGAUCUUCAGGCCGAUAGAACCCGGCAAGGUCAGGAUGUACGUCUGUGGAAUCACCGCCUACGACCUCAGCCAUCUCGGCCACGGUCGCGCCGCCGUCAAUUUCGAUGUCCUCUUCAGAUACUUAAAGCAUUUGGGUUACGAGGUUACUUACGUCCGGAAUUUUACUGAUGUUGAUGACAAGAUAAUAAUACGAGCAAAUAAGAAUGGUGAAGACCCAUUUAGUUUAAGUAGUCGUUUUUGCAAAGAAUAUCUCAAGGACAUGGGUGAUCUCCAGUGCCUUCUUCCCACCCAUCAGCCAUAUGUUUCUGACCACAUAGAACAUAUCAAGGAUUUGAUAACACAGAUUAUUAACAAGGAAUACGCAUACCAAGUUGGCGGAGAUGUAUUCUUUGCUGUUGAUAAAUUUCCAAAUUAUGGCCAGUUAUCUGGACAAAAAUUGGAACACAAUCGGGCUGGUGAACGAGUUGCUGUUGAUUCAAGAAAGCGUAAUCCUGCAGACUUUGCAUUGUGGAAGUCUGCAAAGCCUGGUGAACCAAGUUGGGAAAGCCCUUGGGGACUUGGUAGACCUGGAUGGCACAUUGAAUGCAGUGCAAUGAGUGCACAUUAUCUGACAUUCAAGUUUGAUAUUCAUGGUGGCGGCAUUGACUUGAUUUUUCCACAUCAUGAGAAUGAGAUUGCCCAGAGCUGUGCUGCGUGCCAAGAGAGCAGUGUGAGUUACUGGAUGCAUAAUGGACAUGUUACCAAUAACAAUGAGAAAAUGUCAAAAUCCCUGAACAACUUUUUCACUAUUAGGGAGAUUACAGAAAAGUACCAUCCAUUGGCUUUGAGGCACUUCUUGAUAAGCGCUCACUAUAGGUCUCCUCUCAACUACACAAUCUCCCAGCUGGAAAGUUCAUCAGAUGCUAUUUAUUACAUAUUUCAGACCUUGCAAGAUUGUGAAGAUGCUUUAGCUCCAUUUCGAGAUGAGGGUCUGAAGGAAGGCGCCGAUCAAAAUGGCAGAACAGUUAAAAUUACUCCGACUGCCCAAGAAUGCAUCAGUAAGCUAAAGAAUGAGUUUGAGUCUAAAAUGUGCGAUGACUUGAACACUGCACAGAUAUUGACUGGUGCUUUCCAAGAUGCGUUGAAGUUUAUAAACAGUUCUUUGAAUGGACUCAAGAAGAAGCAGCAAAAGCAAAAACAGUUAUCAAUGGUCCAGUCACUAACCAAUGUAAAGAAAGCAGUUACUGAUGAUGUUCUGGACGUUUUGGGUUUAAAAUCGCCCCAUACAUACUCGGAGGUUUUGCAGCAAUUGAAAGUGAAAGCAUUGGAGAGAGCAGGGAUGGUGGAAAACGAUGUACUGAAGAAGAUUGAAGAGAGAAAACAAGCAAGGGAAAGCAAAGAUUUUGCAAUGAGCGAUCAGAUCAGAGCUGAUUUGACUAGAAAAGGCAUUGCACUAAUGGACGUGGGCAAGGAGACAAUCUGGAGACCUUGUGUACGAGAAGAGCCCAUCGAGGAAGAGCAAAAAGAGCUGCCGACUGAGGAGGAACACAAGGUAUUGCCGGUUGAACAAAGGGAAGAACAAAAACAGCUGCCAAGUGAAGAAGAACACAAGGCAUUACCCGUCAAAGCAAGGGAACCGCCUGCGUCUACUUGAAUGGUGUACAACCAUCUAUCGGCCUUGACCUAUUAGCGUGAGUGGUUAAUCUCUUGAGGUCGAGAAAUCGCUUAUUAGUUUUGAUUCAUACAUGAUUAAUCUUGUAAUACUUUGGGGAUCAGAGGGGCCAAGGCCCUCUGGAGUCUUGAAGUUUGUUUUUGUAACCUAUUUCUUUUUCCUUUUUGAUAUUUUUUGGGUCCUGCUGUCCUUUAAACAUCAAGGAAGCCGGAAAUACUGUCUUUAGUCUCGUCAGUUAACACCAUAUGAUACAGUUUCUGCUGCAUUAUACAAUUUUCUGAAGCAUAUCGUUUAUUUUAUAU